AUAUGACAAGAGUUAUGUUUGGAAUAGUUCUAUAUAAUUUUAUGUUUUUUAAUGCACUGGCUUGACUACAUGUAUAUAUUGUCAUGUGACCUUCAUGCUGCGCUUUAAAUAAUACUAUUUCCUUGGGUCUUCAAGGGAAAUUGAAAAAACGUAGUUUCACUUUACAUAAACUAUACGUAAGGACUAGCAAACAGACAAAGAAAUAAAUUAAUUACCUUGAAUGUAAGGGAAACUCCACGCUAAUUUUGUCGUUUUCCUCACUUUGGUGAGGUUAGGGAUCGAAAACGAAAGGAAAACCGAAACCUAUCCAGCCUAUGGUAUUGUAGGCCUGUUUGCAGAGAGAUCAUUUCGUUCCGUGAGCAGACUUUAUUGGUAAUAAGCGCUGUGUCGGAAAAUAACACACGACAAUGGAGAGUUCGGCGGAUGAACGAUUUCUUUGGCUUAUAUAUGACUGUUUUCGUAAUAGACUUAGGUCUCUAAUUCAAAUCGAACCUGUUUUAGAUCGUUUGACUUUCAUUGAGCGUGACCAGAAAGAUUUAAUCUUAAAUAAAGCGAAAAAGGAAAGCAACCAAUUAGCAGUGGACCUUUUAAUCGAUACGAUUUAUAGAGGCCCCCGGCCGGCGGGCUGGUGCAGGGAACUUACUGACGCACUCAAUACUGCUGGAUGCCAACAUGCUGCCAUGUACAUGGAAACAGAAACUCUACCAAGUGCUUCGUCGGAGGCUGUAAAUGAUUACUGCGUUAAACUGAUUGAUCUCCUCGCUCCCAGUCUUCAGCAGAUGAAAACACCUGACGUCUGUACAAUGAGUUUUACACAAAAUAUUUUGACUGAAGAUGACAGGGAAAUAGUUAUGGCAGCAUGUACAAACUAUGGAAACAGAGCGGGAGCCCGAGAACUCAGAAAAAUUGUGCAAAAGCCGCCUGGAUGGUUUUCUACAUUUUUGGAUGUUUUAAGACAAACAGAGCAUUUGGAUAUGGUCCGCGAACUCACUGGACUUGAAUCCACCGAAGAUCAUAAAGAUUCCAUUUGUGAGGGGAAUGUCAAACCUGAGGCGGUGAAGUAUGAGCCAGACCUUAAGGAAAAUAAGAACGAUAACGACCAGAGUGUAAGAGAAUCAGACAGCUGCAUCGACAAUGGAGAAGAAAGUUUAAACACAAGUUUGGACAACUCCAGCUGCGACACUACACGGAAUGAAUCUACUGAUGCUUAUCCUGCAAACUCGUUAGACCCGGACCUUUAUAGUUCUGGCGGUGAAUCCCUCAAUUCAUCUCUAUUGGGAUUAACCUUGGAUGAGUCGAAUCAGCCAAUACCAGACUGCGCCGAAAGGGACGCCGCGGCUGGGGCCGGCAGGGAAACCGAGAUACUCCUCUGGCCUUAUCAAAAGGAGGUCGCCCGCCCAGCCCUGGAGGGGAAGAACAUCAUCAUAUGCCUCCCGACGGGGAGCGGUAAAACCAGAGUCGCCGUUUACAUCACCAAGGAGCAUCUGGAGAGCUGCAGACAGGAGAAGCGGCCAGGGAAAGUCGUCGUCCUGGUUAACAAGGUACCCCUGGUAGAGCAGCACUACACCAAAGAGUUUGGGAAGUACCUGAAAGGCCAGUACCGUGUGGAGAAGGUCAGCGGAGAUUCUCAACUCAAAAUAUCCUUUCCCGAAAUUGUCAAAAAGAAUGACAUCAUAAUCUGCACGGCCCAAAUUCUGGAGAACUUUCUGGAAAAGGCAGAAAAGAGCAGAGAUGAAGGAGUUACCCUGUCAGAUUUCUCCAUGGCCGUGAUCGACGAGUGCCACCACACGCAGAAGGGCAACGUCUACAGCCUGAUCAUGUUCCGCUACCUGAAGCAGAAGAUCCAGAACGAGAAGCUCGUGAAGGAGCAGAACGCCCCGGUGCCCCUCCCGCAGAUCCUGGGGCUCACGGCCUCGCCCGGCGUCGGCGAAGCCAAAACCGUAGACAAAGCUGAGGAGCACAUUCUCCAAAUAUGUGCCAAUUUGGACGCAUUCCGAAUCAUGACCAGCUCCCUGGGAGAACAUAGGAAGGAGCCAUACAAGAGAAUUGCGACCGCUGCAGAAAGGAAAGAGGACCCAUUUGGUGAUGUCAUUAAAGGAAUCAUGAAUGCCAUCCACACACAUGCCAACCUGGACCCUUCCUGUGACCUGGGUACCCAGAACUAUGAGCAUUGGGUGGUCCAGAAAGAGAAGAAUGCGGCCAAAGAGGAAAACCAGAAAGUGCGGGUUUGCGCCGCACACCUCCGGCAGUACAAUGAAGCCCUCCACCAGAGCAACACCAUACGGAUGUCGGACGCCUGCAGCUUCCUCGAGAAGUUCUACAAUGAGGAGCUCGAGAAGAAGACGGCUCCAGAUGAGGUGUCCGUCCAAAUCACAGACACGGACAGGUUCCUCUUCCAGUUGUUCAAAGAUAACCAGGCAAAGCUGCAAGAGCUGGCAAAGCACCCUGAGUACGAAAAUAAAAUCCUCGCUGAGCUGAGGAGACUCAUCCUGCAGGAGUUCACUGCCAGAGAAGAGGCAAGUGGCAUCGUUUUCACCAAGACACGCCUCAGCGCCAUUGCCCUGAGCCAGUGGAUCCAGGAGAACAGGAAGUUUGAGGAGGUCGGAGUACGAGCCGGCCACCUGAUUGGAGGGGGAGACCAGAGCAUCGUGAAACCGAUGACUCCUAAAGAGCAAAAGGAAGUUUUGGCGAAGUUCCGUACAGGCGAGAUCAACUUACUAAUCGCAACAACCGUCGCCGAAGAGGGCUUGGAUUACAAGCAGUGUAAUUUGGUCAUCCGUUACUGCCUGGUCACCAAUGAGAUCGCCAUGAUUCAGGCCAGAGGGCGUGGAAGAGCAGAGGACAGCAGCUACACUGUGCUGCAAGUAGAAGGAUCUGGGGUGGCUGAGCGGGAAACUGUGAAUGAGUUUCGGGAGAAAAUGAUGGGCAAAGCCAUCGAGAAGAUCCAGAAAUUAGAUCAAGCGGAAUAUGAGAGAAAGAAAAGGGAAUUUCAGUUCCAGACAAUAUUGGAAAAAAAAGUUCGCAAGAAAAAGAAGCAACAAAAAUUAAUGCAGAAACUAGAUCCUGGUGACGUGAGUUUCAGCUGUCGAAACUGCAGCAAAUCAGUCUGUUCUGGGAAAGAUAUUGAAAUCAUAGGAACCAUGCACCAUGUGAACGUGUCAGAAGAAUUCAGGGAUUUGUUUACAGUCCGAAAGAACCCAACACUACAGGAAAGACAACUGGACUUCGAAGCAAACAGUGCCAUUGCUUGCAAAGACUGUGGAUCUACGUGGGGCUCUAUGAUGCUGUACCGGGGGAUCGACUGCCCUUGUCUCCACAUUAAACACUUUACUGUGAAGCUUGGGGACAGACAGAGAGUGUUCCACAACUGGAGAGAGGUGGCCGUCAGUUUCCCUGCCUUCGACUAUGCGGAACACGCUCACCUGGUUGCCGGCGACUCUGACUCUGACGAUUAGACGCAGUGUGAAAUGCUAAGAGAAAUGAACAGGGUGGAGUCAAGACUGGAUACAUAACUUUUUUUUAAUUUUUUUUAUCUCGUUUCUUUAAGAAAUGUCACUUGACGUUCCAAAGCAAAUGCACGGCAUCUGGAUGUGUCAGGAGUGGUUGACCGCCAGCAAGCCACCGGUUGCCAGAUUUCCUCAGAUCUGCUGUCAGGUUGAUUUAACAUUUGCAUACAUGGGUUAUGAUGAAAAUGUAUUGCAUUCAGAAAUUUCAAGUAAUGAGAACAUCGGCCAUGUAGUCAGGAGCCGGGUGAAGGGUUGGAGGGUUCUAAGGACCCGAGUGACUUGGACAGCUUUUGGAACCGCUUGGAAUGUGUUGGUGCAGAUUGAGACAUAUUACAGGAUGUUAUUUCACACUUUUAAGAUUUUAUUUGGUUGAUCAAUCAUUGAUUAUAAAUCAUUGACUAUGUGUUAGGUACUAAGUAAAGUGAAUUAAUUGGUGCUGGCCAAGAAAAAAAAAACAGAUCAAUAAUUAUACAAUAAACGUGAUUUGGUUGCAA